GGGAUAUCGGGGAGUCGAACGGGACGCCAUCUUUGGUCGAGGCGUCUGCAGUCGGUGCGGUUCCGUGUUUUUAAUUCGAUUAUCGUAAAUAAAUGGAACUCUCGGGCGAUUCUUAUCCGCGGGGAUGAAGUGUAAUUAUAAAUGUCCAAUCCGAGUUAAAGGGGGCGUUUAUCGGUGGGGGUGAAGCGAGAGGAGAGACGGAAAGAGUUUCGAUUCGGGGCGAGAGGAUUCGGCCCCUGCCCUCCAUUGUCGUAAUAAUCCAGUUUUUAAAUAAGACGAGAGAUAAAACACUCUCCCUGGGUGUGAAAUGACUGGCUUCGUCAAUUGAAUUACACUAACAGGAUCGGGGCCGGAGUGAAGUGGAGAAAAUAUAAGUGUAACGUCGGUUUCGCUAUCUGGACGACGGAAAGUGGAUUGUGCCGCGAUUCUAUUAAUCGUAGUUCUGAAGGUACCACACCCAGGAUCGGGGUGUAAUUUUUUUUAACUCGACCACCGUGACUCGUGCCCUUUCGCCCUUCUCGGACCGAACCCGUUUUGGUGGGCCAUCCGAUGUCGGAGGAUCGUUGAGGACAAUUUCUGUGAUACUAGCGUUAAGGAAGACGGCUCCUCUAAGAUAAUAUCCGCUCUUCCCCCCGGCCCCAAAGAUGGCGUGCUGUUUGUCAGAAGAGGCAAAAGAGCAGAAAAGGAUCAAUCAGGAAAUCGAAAGGCAGCUCAGGAAGGACAAAAGGGAUGCCAGGAGAGAACUCAAAUUAUUGCUACUCGGUACUGGAGAAUCUGGAAAAUCCACUUUCAUCAAACAGAUGAGAAUUAUCCAUGGAUCUGGUUACUCAGAUGAAGACAAACGGGGCUUCAUUAAACUCGUCUACCAAAAUAUAUUCAUGGCCAUGCAGUCUAUGAUAAGAGCCAUGGAUCUCCUUAAAAUACAGUACAAAAACCCAGCUAUGAGUGAAAAGGCUGAACUGAUACGGAGUGUAGACUUUGAAACUGUAACAACUUUUGAAAGCCCAUAUGUUGAAGCCAUCAAAGCACUCUGGGCCGAUACGGGGAUCCAGGAGUGUUAUGACAGACGGAGGGAGUACCAGUUAACUGAUUCAGCCAAAUACUAUCUAAUGGAAAUAGACAGAGUAGCAGCUACAAAUUAUCUUCCGACUGAACAAGACAUCUUGCGAGUGAGGGUCCCGACAACAGGGAUCAUAGAGUACCCAUUUGAUUUAGAGGAGAUUCGGUUUAGUUACCUGAGCGAUCUAGAGAGGAUUGAAAACCCAAACUAUCUGCCAACUGAGCAAGACAUCCUCAGAGCCAGGGCGCCUACCACUGGCAUCAUUGAAUAUCCUUUUGAUCUCGAUUCAAUUAUAUUUAGGAUGGUUGAUGUAGGAGGGCAGAGAUCAGAAAGGAGAAAAUGGAUCCACUGUUUUGAAAACGUUACUUCAAUAAUAUUUCUGGUCGCUUUAAGUGAAUAUGAUCAGAUUUUAUUUGAAUCGGAAAAUGAGAACCGAAUGGAAGAAUCAAAAGCACUUUUUAAGACUAUCAUCACAUACCCAUGGUUCCAGCACUCGUCAGUAAUCCUUUUUCUAAAUAAAAAAGAUCUGCUCGAAGAAAAGAUCAUGUAUUCACAUCUAGUGGAUUACUUCCCCGAGUAUGAUGGCCCACAGCGAGAUGCGAUAGCUGCCAGAGAGUUCAUACUCAGAAUGUUUGUCGACUUAAACCCUGACAGCGAGAAGAUUAUAUACUCUCACUUCACAUGUGCAACAGAUACGGAGAAUAUACGAUUUGUCUUUGCAGCUGUAAAGGACACUAUACUGCAAUCAAACUUAAAAGAGUACAAUUUAGUGUGAAAUGGUGCUGUGAGCGUAAACUGAAACCAAUCGCUCAUGAUUCCAGUACUCUUGAUUAUCAACAUUAAAAAAAUAAAAUAAAAAAUACAAAAAAUGCAAAAAAAAAAAAAAAAA